UUUGUCUCGUAUGAACUACUAUCUUCACGGCAUUUCUCUCUGAAUCGUAAAAAAAGUAUCCCGAGCUAAAAAUAAGUUUAUUGGAAUUUCAGGACUGAUUCUCGAGUCUUCCGAAUAGCUGUCGAACGUCCCUCUCAUCUGCGCAUUUAUUCAUUUUUUAUUUUAUAAAUAUUUACUUAUUACGUUUUGAAACAAAUCCGUAACACUCGAUUGAUCUUUUGGCGUCAAGCAUCUGCCGAUAUUUUGAGGUUAAUAAUGCACUAUUGUGAAUACCCAAUCAACUUCUCCUCUUAGCACCUCUGCCCCGUGAAACGCUAAGUCAAUUGACAGCCAACUGUGUGGCAGUCUUCAUCGGAGGGUAAGUAUCGUCAUUACGCUAAAGUGAAUGCUUGAACGUUGACUGGUUUAAUAGGUCUUACGUAUUCUACUAGCGCAGGUACGACACAACACGGCUAGUAUUGAAUUUCUGGUUUUAUCUAAUGGGAAGACAUCCUGAGAUACAGGAGAAAAUGCGGCAAGAAGUUCUUGGAGCUUAUGAAAAAGAGGGAGACCACCUAUCCUUUCAAACUAUCACGACACUUCCUUACACGAACCAAGUAAUUUCUGAGACCCUGCGGCUCUAUCCACCAUCAUCCACGUUUACAUCGCGGUGUGCGGAAGAAGACUAUCACUGGGGGAAGUACCUUAUCAAGAAAGGAACGUCGGUUAUAGUGCCUACGUAUCAGCUGCAUCAUGAUCCCAGAUACUGGCAUGAACCGGAAAAAUUUGACCCAGAAAGGUUCAGUCCAGAAAACAAGCGCUUAAUCAACCCGACUGCGUACCAGCCCUUCGGUCUGGGCCCCCGCAUCUGCAUCGGAACGCGAUUGGCGCUUGUUGAGUUGGCCUCAGCUACUGCGGAGGUGCUUCGCCACUAUCGCAUCACCCUGGGCACUAGUCAAAAGCGCGACCUUGAACUGGACACAUACUCUUUCACAGUAUUUCCUAAAGAAGAUGUGCGAAUUCGUGUGCAUAGGCUCAACGGCAAGAAGUAAAUCUUCAAGUGGCACUUGGUCAAAAUGCAUAUUACUCUAUCGACCGCAAACAUUAGUACGAAAUAAAAAAGCACUGUUAUUCA